AUGGCCGAGAGUGAGUACAGCACAACGGAAAAGCGCCCGGUCCAAAAUACCCACGAAUCCAAAUUGCGACGACAUAAAACACCGGCCAUUCGAGCCCCUUCAAUACAGCAGCUGGAGAGCAAGCUCCGUGAUGCCGCCAGCAAGUUCUAUCAGUCCACUGUGGUCGAACUAAUCCUACGGCGCAAGCAUUUGUCUGCUUCCAAAGACGGAAGGCACAUCCCACUUGCCGUUGAGCACAGCGAGCCCUUGAUCGACACCAGACGAGGCCACGCAUACAUCUCCAACAAUGUUCGGACCUCACGAUACACGGUGUGGAAUUUCAUCCCGAAGCAGCUGUUUUUUCAAUUCACUCGCGUGGGGAACUUUUACUUUUUGUGUGUUGGCGUGCCGCAAAUGAUUCCCGGAUUGUCGACGACUGGGUCGUAUACAACAAUCUUGCCUUUACUUUUCUUUAUUCUCUUGACAGUCGCCAAGGAGGGAUAUGACGAUUUUAGGAGACAUCGAUUGGACAAGGUGGAAAAUGCCAACUUUGCGACAGUCCUUGGUCGAGAAGACCACUACACGGGGAAACUCAAGCCACCGAAUCUACUCCAUCGUCUGAACCCUUUCCAUAUUAAGACUACAGCACAACCUAGGCCUGGCCCCGCCGACGAGUUUCAGGGUAUUCGCUGGGUGCCGACUAGGUGGAGCAACAUCAAGGUUGGGGACAUCGUGAGGGUGUCUCGCGAUGAACCCAUCCCAGCCGAUCUGGUCUUACUACACAGUGAUGGAGAAAACGGUCUGACAUAUAUCGACACGAUGGCUCUUGAUGGUGAAACAAAUCUCAAAACCAAACAGGUUUGUCAUGCCCUUGAGGGUUGUGGCACGAUUCAAGGAAUCUCAACUUCCCAAGCUGAGUUUGUUGUAGAAGACCCGAAUCCUGAACUCUUCAAUUUUGACGGUAGAGUCACGGUGAAUGGGAAAGCUGUGCCAUUGACGCUGAAUGAUGUCAUUUACAGAGGGAGCGUCAUGAGAAAUACUACGUCUGCUACCGGGAUUGUCAUCAACACUGGAGAGGAAUGCAAGGUGCGCAUGAACUCAAACCAGCACCCGAGAGCAAAAAAGCCGGCACUUGAAAAAGUCGUCAACAUGGUUGUUAUAACCCUUGCCACUUAUGUUGUUAUUCUCUCUGUCGGCGUAUCAAUGGGCUAUGUCAAAUGGAAAAGCGAUUAUGAGCAGCAUGCCUGGUAUUUGGACAUGGCCACGGUCCCCUUUUACCAAAUCAUCAUCGCAUUCAUUAUUAUGUUUAACAACGUUGUUCCUCUGGCUCUAUACAUUAGCUUGGAGAUUGUCAAGAUUGGCCAGCUAUUGCUACUGAAUUCCGACAUCGAAAUGUACCAUGACGAGUCUGACACUCCCGCUCGGUGCAACACCAACACCAUCUUGGAGAAUUUAGGUCAAGUUGGCUACAUAUUUUCUGACAAAACUGGAACCUUGACGGACAACAUAAUGAAAUUCCGCAAAUUGAGUGUUGCAGGCACCGUUUGGUUGCAUGAGGACCUGAUCGAUGAUGAGGAUAUUCAGAAACCACCUGCACAUUCCGGAGAGAUGAGCUACUCCGACCGAAAAGGCUCAGUUCAAAAAUCCGGCCCUAUCAUUCUUGAGGAACAAAUAAACGACUUAGAGAUGCCAAUGUCUCCAUCAAGGGCAUCGUUUGGUGGCCGACGGUCGUCCUCGCAAUGGCGUUCAACGGGUCGCCCAGACCAUAUCCAACCAGACGUCAAUACAUCUGAUCUCGUUGACUAUCUCAGAAUUCGACCACAUUCCGCGUUUGCCAGGAAAGCUAAAGAGUAUCUGUUGGCGGUUGCCUUGUGCCACACUUGCUUACCUGAAGUAAAAGACGGUAAAAUUGAUUUCCAAGCAUCCUCGCCGGAUGAGUUAGCUUUGGUUCGAGCCGCCUACGAGUUAGGAUAUCAGGUUACCCGUCGUACAGCCAAAUCAGUCACCUUGCAAGUCCCUCUGCCCAGCGGGGGCUUUGAAAAAAUGACAUUCGAGAUUUUGGAUGUGAUCGAGUUCAGCAGCGCACGAAAACGCAUGUCAAUCGUUGUCCGGUAUCCAGAUGGGCGGAUAUCGAUUAUCUGCAAAGGUGCCGAUUCGGUGAUUUUGCCUAGGCUAAAAUUAGCUUCCUUGGCUAUGCAAAAGGCCAGUGAAGUGAGAAAAAGUGCAGAUCUUGAACAUGAGAUGUACCGUCGAAGCCAACAGUACGAACCUCGUAAUAGUUUCGGCGGUAGGCCGAGUCUAACCGUACGCCGAACUGCCGGUCUACACCGAGGCCGCAGUAUCGAUCAACAACGAUCUUCUAUGAAAAGACGACAGUCGUUCGAAAUCCACAAGCUCAUGAGACUUUCCGAUGACCGCCCACAUGGCGGGUUGUCUGCACCGCGCGGAGUCUCCUUGGACGUAUCUAGAACGAAGCUACUAAGCCAAUCGAACCAUCACCAACCGCAAUCCUUACCAGAGCACCUCGGUUUCCUUGAAGACUCUACCAUAUAUGAUGAAUCUGAGGUUUUUACCAAGUGCUUUAAGCACUUGGACGAUUUUGCAACAGAAGGCUUGAGAACAUUGCUCUAUGCCCAAAAGUUUGUAUCCGAUCAUGACUACAGGGCUUGGAAAAAGCGCUACGAUGACGCAUCAACCAGUCUUGUAAAUCGGCAGGACCUCAUUGAGGCGGCGGCUGAUGUGAUUGAACAGUCGUUUGAUCUUGUCGGAGCAACUGCGAUUGAAGACAAGCUCCAGCAAGGGGUUCCAGAAACUAUUGACAAACUACGACGAGCCAACAUCAAAAUCUGGAUGCUGACUGGUGACAAGCGUGAGACGGCCAUCAACAUUGCACAUUCCGCCCGGAUAUGCCGCCCUGGAUCCGACCUGUACGUUCUGGACGUCGCCAAAGAGCCGCUGGAAGCCCAGCUCAUGGCACUGGCCGAGGAGCUGCACACCGGGUCGAUACACAGCGUCGUUGUCAUUGAUGGUCAAACCUUGGCAGCUGUCGAAAAGUCCAACACUCUUUCAAAACAAUUUUUCGCAAUCAUGCUGCUUGUUGAUUCGGUGAUUUGCUGUCGUGCAUCUCCUGCCCAGAAGGCCCUUCUGGUCAGAACUGUGCGAUCCUCCUUGGGCAAGUUCAAGAGCAACAAGCAUAGCGGUUUGACCUUGGCCAUUGGCGAUGGAGCUAAUGACUUGGCCAUGAUCCAAGCAAGCCAUGUGGGUAUUGGAAUAUCUGGAAAAGAAGGACUGCAGGCUGCACGUGUUGCAGACUACGCCAUUGCGCAAUUCCGUUAUUUGCAGCGACUACUUCUGGUCCAUGGCCGAUGGAACUAUGUACGGACGGCGAAGUUUAUUCUCUACACGUUUUGGAAAGAAAUGUUCUUCUACCUACCAACUGCCCAGUAUCAAAGAUACAAUGGAUACACCGGUACAUCGCUCUACCAAGCCACGAGCUUGACAGUAUUCAACACCCUGUUCACAAGCCUAUGCACAAUUUGUUUGGGUAUCUGGGAACAGGAUCUGAGCGCCGAGACACUCCUUGCUGUCCCGGAGCUUUACGUAUAUGGACAACGCAACAUGGGACUGAAUGCAUGGAAAUAUGCACGCUGGAUGUUUUUGGCUGCAGUCGAAGGAGUCAUUGUCUGGUACGGCGUCUGGGCAGGGUACGGUUGGAUUUCUCCUACCGCCCGCGACGAGGGUCUAUACGCACUCGGGACUCUCGUGUUUACUGUCGGAGUGCUGUGGAUCAACUGGAAGCUAUUCAUUUUCGAAACCCACUACAAAUCAACCAUCGUCAUGUGUUCCUUUUUCAUCACAACAUGGGGUUGGUUUGCCUGGCUGUCCUUUUUAGACGGCGUUUAUGCACCAGGUCCAGAAGGCCCGUAUCUAAUUCGGCAUACUUUUACACGAGCAUUCGGCGACGAUGCUGUAUGGUGGGCGACAGUCUUUAUUGUUCUCGCAUUUCUAGGCCUCCUGGAACUCGUCGGCAAGACUAUCAAGCGUAACAUGUUGGUAGCAGGCGUGUGGCACUGGCCCCCGUGGAAAAGGCACCGAUUGAACGAUAACGUGGAGGAAUGGGACCUCCAAGUAUGGCAGGAAAUGGAACAGGACCCCAAGGUCCGGGAACGGCUGAGAAGACUGGCCAAUGACGAGGAGACAAUGGAAGACAUAGAAGCGGAGGAUGUGUUCAAUGUCGAAGCUAGAAUGGAUGGGUAG